AUGGCCUCACAUGUGCAAGUUUUCUCCCCUCACACCCUUCAAUCAAGUGCCUUCUGUAGUGUGAAGAAAUUGAAAGUCGAGCCGAGUUCCAACUGGGACAUGACUGGGUACGGCUCCCACAGCAAAGUGUAUAGCCAGAGCAAGAACGUACCACCUUCUCAGCCAGCCUCCACAACCGUCAGCACCUCCUUGCCGAUCCCAAACCCAAGCCUACCUUACGAGCAGACCAUCAUCUUCCCAGGAAGCACCGGGCACAUAGUGGUAACAUCAGCCAGUAGCACUUCUGUCACCGGGCAAGUCCUCGGCGGACCACAUAACCUAAUGCGUCGAAGCACUGUGAGCCUUCUUGAUACCUACCAAAAAUGUGGACUCAAGCGUAAGAGUGAGGAGAUCGAGAACACAAGCAGCGUGCAGAUCAUCGAGGAGCACCCACCCAUGAUUCAGAACAAUGCCAGCGGGGCCACUGUAGCCACUGCCACCACAUCCACUGCCACCUCCAAAAACAGUGGCUCCAACAGUGAAGGUGAUUAUCAGCUGGUGCAGCAUGAAGUGCUAUGCUCCAUGACCAACACCUACGAGGUUUUAGAGUUCUUGGGCCGAGGGACAUUUGGACAAGUGGUCAAGUGCUGGAAACGGGGCACCAAUGAAAUUGUGGCCAUUAAGAUCCUGAAGAACCACCCAUCGUAUGCCCGGCAAGGACAGAUUGAAGUAAGCAUCCUGGCCCGGCUGAGCACAGAGAGCGCUGACGACUACAACUUUGUGCGGGCCUAUGAGUGCUUCCAGCACAAGAAUCACACGUGCUUGGUCUUUGAGAUGCUGGAGCAGAACCUCUAUGACUUUCUGAAGCAGAACAAGUUUAGCCCCUUGCCCCUCAAAUAUAUUCGCCCAGUCCUCCAACAGGUAGCCACCGCCCUGAUGAAGCUCAAGAGCCUGGGUCUUAUCCAUGCUGACCUCAAACCAGAAAACAUUAUGCUGGUGGAUCCCUCCCGACAGCCGUAUAGAGUGAAGGUCAUCGACUUUGGUUCCGCUAGUCAUGUGUCCAAGGCUGUGUGCUCUACCUACUUGCAGUCCCGGUACUACAGGGCCCCUGAGAUCAUCCUUGGUCUACCAUUUUGUGAGGCGAUUGAUAUGUGGUCCCUGGGCUGUGUCAUUGCCGAGCUGUUCCUGGGCUGGCCAUUAUAUCCAGGAGCUUCAGAAUAUGAUCAGAUUCGGUAUAUUUCACAAACACAAGGAUUGCCAGCUGAAUAUUUAUUAAGUGCAGGGACAAAGACAACGAGGUUUUUCAACCGUGACACAGACUCACCGUAUCCUUUGUGGAGGCUGAAGACACCAGAUGACCAUGAAGCUGAGACGGGGAUUAAGUCAAAAGAAGCAAGAAAGUACAUUUUCAACUGUUUAGAUGAUAUGGCCCAGGUGAACAUGACAACAGAUUUGGAAGGGAGUGACAUGCUGGUGGAGAAGGCAGAUCGGCGGGAGUUCAUCGACCUGUUAAAGAAGAUGCUCACCAUAGAUGCUGAUAAGAGAAUCACUCCAAUUGAAACCUUGAACCAUCCCUUCGUCACCAUGACACACCUACUAGAUUUUCCCCACAGUACACACGUCAAGUCGUGUUUCCAAAACAUGGAGAUUUGCAAGCGUCGAGUGAAUAUGUAUGACACAGUGAACCAGAGCAAAACCCCUUUCAUCACUCAUGUGGCCCCUAGCACAUCUACCAAUCUGACCAUGACCUUUAACAACCAGCUGACCACCGUCCACAACCAGGCUCCCACCUCUACCAGUGCCACUAUUUCCUUAGCCAAUCCCGAAGUCUCCAUACUAAACUACCAAUCUACACUCUACCAGCCCUCAGCGGCAUCCAUGGCUGCAGUGGCCCAGCGGAGCAUGCCACUACAGACCGGAACAGCCCAGAUAUGUGCCCGGCCUGACCCCUUCCAGCAAGCGCUCAUCGUGUGUCCCCCUGGUUUCCAAGGCCUGCAGGCCUCCCCGUCUAAGCAUGCCGGCUACUCAGUGCGCAUGGAGAAUGCCGUUCCCAUUGUCACUCAAGCCCCAGGAGCUCAGCCCCUUCAGAUCCAGCCAGGUCUGCUUGCCCAGCAGGCCUGGCCGAGUGGGACCCAGCAGAUCCUGCUUCCCCCAGCAUGGCAGCAGCUGACGGGAGUGGCCGCCCACACGUCGGUGCAGCAUGCGACUGUGAUUCCUGAGACCAUGGCAGGCACUCAGCAGUUAGCUGACUGGCGGAACACACAUGCUCAUGGCAGCCAUUACAAUCCCAUCAUGCAGCAGCCUGCACUAUUGACUGGUCAUGUGACCCUUCCAGCAGCCCAGCCCUUAAAUGUGGGUGUGGCCCACGUGAUGCGACAGCAGCCAACCAGCACCUCCUCCUCCCGGAAGAGUAAGCAGCACCAGUCCUCUGCCAGAAACGUCUCCACCUGUGAGGUGUCCUCCUCGCAGGCCAUCAGUUCCCCUCAGCGAUCCAAGCGGGUCAAAGAGAACACCCCUCCCCGCUGCGCCAUGGUGCACAGCAGCCCGGCCUGCAGCACUUCAGUCACCUGCGGGUGGGGCGAUGUGGCCUCCAGCACCACCAGAGAGCGGCAGCGGCAGACCAUCGUCAUUCCCGACACCCCCAGCCCCACAGUCAGCGUCAUCACCAUCAGCAGUGACACAGACGAGGAAGAGGAGCAGAAGCACGCCCCCACCAGCACUGUCUCCAAGCAAAGAAAAAACGUCAUCAGCUGCGUCACAGUCCACGACUCUCCCUACUCCGACUCUUCCAGCAACACCAGCCCUUAUGCGGUGCAGCAGCGCACUGGACCGAACGGCACCAGCUCCUUCGACACCAAGGGUGCCCCAGAGAGCCACUGCACCGGCAACCCCCGCACCAUUAUCGUGCCCCCCCUGAAGACCCAGGCCAGCGAGGUGCUGGUGGAAUGUGACAGCCUCGGGCCGGUCAACGGCAGUCACCACGCGUCCUCCUACAAGCCCAAGUCCUCCAGCAACGUGACCUCCACCAGUGGUCACUCUUCAGGGAGCUCGUCGGGAGCCAUCGCCUACCGACAGCAGCGGCCAGGCCCCCAUUUCCAGCAGCAGCAACCCCUCAAUCUCAGCCAGGCUCAACAGCACAUGGCCGCAGAGCGCACGGGAAGCCACCGACGGCAGCAGGCCUACAUCACUCCCACGAUGGCUCAGGCGCCAUACACCUUCCCGCACAACAGCCCCAGCCACGGCACUGUCCACCCCCACCUGGCCGCCGCCGCCGCCGCUGCCCACCUCCCCACCCAGCCCCACCUCUACACCUACACGGCGCCCGCAGCCCUGGGCUCCACCGGCACCGUCGCCCACCUGGUGGCCUCUCAAGGCUCGGCCCGCCACACCGUGCAGCACACUGCCUACCCGGCCAGCAUCGUCCACCAGGUCCCUGUGAGCAUGGGCCCCCGGGUCCUGCCCUCGCCCACCAUCCACCCGAGUCAGUAUCCAGCCCAGUUUGCCCACCAGACCUACAUCAGCGCCUCGCCAGCAUCCACCGUCUACACUGGAUACCCACUGAGCCCAGCCAAGGUCAACCAGUACCCGUACAUAUAGACACUGGAGGGGAGGGGAAGCAGGGGGAGGGAGCUCCGGGGACCCCAGGGGGGGCUGGCUUUUUAUACUGAAGGUGCCACACACAAACAAUGCAAAUGGGGUGGGGAGGGGGGGCAGAGGGGCAGAGGGGACACACAGGAAACUUGAACUAGAAAGUGGGAGGAUUUAGAGCAGAGAACAUUUGAAAAGGAAGGGAUUAAGGAGGGGGGAAAUCUUUUUAUUUUAAAAAAGAAAAAGGAAAAAAAAAGAAAAAGAAAAUAUCUGUAACAAAGGAAAAAAACAUAAAACAAAACACAGCUCACAAACCCAUUCUGCACCAAACUGGAAAGGAGAAGAGAGUCACGAGAAGAUUCCAAAAGCGAGGGCCCCCCCCCAGUUUUUGAAGAACUUUACCUAUGAACUUUUCAAAGAUUAUUUUCGUAUGACAGCAAGUGACAUUGAAGACUUCGCUGUCAGAGACAUCUGAUAUGGAAAAUCCAAUAGAUUUUUUUUUAAGUAAUUGAACAUGAAAAUUAGGGAUUUUUCCAGAACUCAAAGGGGUCAGUACCCCUCCAGAAUGUCAGGCUGAGACCUGAGGAGGCUAA